GUGAUCAUAUCAUUUGGCAGCCGAACGAUUGACUGGAUCUAUGGGCAGUAGAAGGCCGAUAUGCAAUAUAUUCUCAGCGAUAGCCUGCAAUGGUGAUGCCUGUAUUGUGAUACAGUGACUGUCACUGCAUCAUUGAACCUGUCACCUGUAACAACAUCUCGUGCACUGUCAGAUGAAGAAUGAGUGAAUGACGGGAAGCUCAUCCAUGAUCUAUUUCCUCGUCUGAGUCUUUCACAGCAACCUAUAGAACAAACCCACCUGGUCUCUGUACAAACAUCUUUGGGCAAUUUUACAUUCCUUAGCAAUAAAACCAUUGCUUAGCAACACUCCUCAAAAGUCUUCAUCUCAUUUCACCUCACUAUAGUUUCAGUAUUUAUGUCCUGACUUCAUUCAUAAUGACUGAACUUAUCUUCUUUAUUCACCCUGCAGCAUCCGGUAGGUCAAUCUGUAGAAACUGCAACCAGUUUAUUGCAAAAAAAACAUUAAGAAUUGGUAAAAAUGUUCCCAACCCAUGUGAUGUGGAAGAUGAAGGGUGGGGUGAUAUGACUCUAUAUUACCACGUUCCCUGCAUGUUUAAGGAGUUUGACAGGGAAAAAGCCAAGGAAAGGAAGAUCAAGUCUCCUGAUGACAUGGGUGGGUUUGAUCAGUUAAAACAAGACGAGAAGGAGACUGUUCUCAGACUCAUCAGCGAUGCUAAUAUAAAGAGGGAGGACAACUCUCUCCAUCAGUUCCGCUGUCUUUGUACCAAGAUAUCUGAGGAAGACAGCAAUACUGGCAAGACUGCUCUUGUGUCCGAUUACCUCAAGAAGGGGACCAGUGGCACUGGCUUCAAGGGUGAUGUCUACAUGUUGAUGAAGUUCUUGCUGACUGGUGUUGUGAAGACCAAGUACAAUCUCAAUAAUGCAGACCUUGUCAAGUUCUUCAGCGAGAUAUUUGGUACAAGUCAAAAAGCAAUGGAGGAGGAUUUAGAGCAGACUGAGGUGUGGGAAAUAAUCAGGGUGUGUUUUGAGAAAAGCAAAACUGUGACGCCCUUGGGGGAGAGUAUCGUGUCCUUACGAGAGAUGGACGGCCUCUUGACUGCCUUGUCUACUGCCACUCAACCAAUCAGAAUACUGAAGAAAAUUAUUAAAAGAUGCACCAGCUAUGAUUUGAAGAUGAUGAUUCGCCUGAUCAAACACGACAUUGGCAUCAACUCAAAGGCAAAAUAUAUAUUGGAUGGCCUUGACCCCAAUGCUUAUGAAGCAUUCCAGAUCUCUGAAGACUUGAAGGAUGUGGUGGACAGGGUUCAGUCUAAGACAUUACAGGACCUGCCAGGCAUGAAGAUGAAGACAGGAAAUGACACUGAAAGUGAUGGUGCCAGUAGCAGCACUGAUCUGAAGAAAACACCGGUCAAGAGACAGGCAGAGGAUGAAGGGCAGACAACUCCUUCCAAGAAGUCUAAACCAGACGGCUGAAGAUUGCAAGCCCUGACCUGGAAGAUUCAGACUUUCAUCAUGCUUUAUAGACAGAAUAAUUACCAAACUAUGUAUUGGAUAGAGGCUACUCAGAUAACAGUUGCAGCGGGUUCACAUCGAAAAUAGACAUCAAGGAAUUGCACAAUAAUUGCACAAUACCAUAUAUUUUCAGUGUGACCUCCUCUGCAGCCAUAUUGAAAUGACUCUUUUUGGUCGUUACUGAGCCAUUUUAGCUAAAAACAUAGGGUAUAUGACUGUAGAUUCGCCAGAUUUGAGAUCCAGAAAAAUAGGCUCUGUGGAAAGGAGUCAUCAUAUGUGAAGUUUAUACUUUCAUCAAACUAUUUUACUGUUGGUAAAAGAAUACAUUGUAUUUCUUCAGGUGAACAAACAAGAGAUAGCUAACUUCCUCAAUGAAAAUGUGAAAUGUACAACUAAAUAUCACUGGACAUGAUGUUUGCAUUAUUCAGUACAAAUGUGUGGAUGUUAAAUUCUGAUGAAAGAUCAUGAUCAGAAGAUGUAGGUUGGUGGUCUGGCUCAUAUAACAAGCAUAAUUUUGACACAAAUUUUAAGGAUUAGUAAACCAUGAGAUCUGUUUGUCUACUGCCAGAUAGGGUAAUAGAAGUUCACUUGUAACAUUCCAACAAAUAGUGUGGCUCAAAAUAUAUGUUUGUUUUUUGUGCAUUAUUUACAUUUUGACCUAUAUUUAACAUUUAUAGCCACUGCAUCUUUGUUUAAAUUGUAAUGAAAUUUGGUACAUGUUUUGUUUAUUGUUAAUAGUGUGUCCAAACAGAUGUGUUCCAUUUUUUGCAAUAUUUUAUGUUUUGAUGUUCAUUUAACCUUUACAGCCUUUACCUUCCUUCCGGAGAUAUUUUUAUUCAAAUUGGAAAGGAGUUUUGUGUCUUAUAGCGUUUUUAGCAAAAUUUUACACUUUGACCUUUGCUUCACCUUUGCAUUUUGGCCCAAAUGAAAGCUGAAACUUUUUAUGGACAUUAGUCAGCCAUUUAGUUUGAUAUUUGUUAUGACAUUCGGUCUUUAGGCCAGACCAAUUUUAUUUCUUGUUUUAUGGAUUUUUAGUCCCCAGAAAACCUAAAGGCAGGAGGGAAAAAAUAAAAAAAAAAAAUCACCAGUCAAAGUAAUAUUCCUUUUGAAUACUAAAAGUGGCAAUUUAUGGGCAAAAACAAUAAAAAAUAUUUUUUUUGUAAGUUUACAUUUUUGGUCAAUAAAAACGUUAGGAUUUUAUUUUUUGAGCAGGGAAAAUUAUUUUUAUUUUUUUUCUUAUUCUUGAAAAAAUACAACCGGAGGAUCCAUACAACAAGAAUAAAAUUGGUCUGGCCUUAUUUGAGGUUCAACACAUUCCAUUUUUUUGUGAUGUUUUAUAUUUUGACCUCUGGGCUUUGAACAUGUUCCUGAUUUCUCCACAAGCAGUGAAGCUGAAACAUGACAUGCUUGACAUUCUAAUUUGUCCUAGAGACUUGUAGGUAGUGUUGGGAAUCGGAAACCAAAUCCACUAUCGAUUAUCAGAGGACUUGUGGUGAACGAUUAUCGAUUAUAAUCGAAAUAUAUAC